AUGAUGAGCUGGUUGGAAAGUACUCAGAACCGGCAGAGUCUCUUCAAAUACCUCAGCCUCAGCGCCAAGGUGAAGGUGUGGUACAAAGAAAAGGCCCAGGCUUACUUUGAAGCGAAGCGGAGCUGCCUCGUCUCUCUGCUGGAGCUGGACAAUUCUGAGGCUAUUGCCAAGUUCCUCGAUGAGGAAACGGCAGCAGUUGAAGCUGCCGUGUUUGAGAUGCCUGAGAAGGGAAUGCACUGCCCGAAGCUCUUCGGCGUGGAGGGGGUUAGAGGCUCUGUCGACGUGGAUUGA